AUGGAUCGUAGAAGUUCCAACCGAAAAGCAGCGGACCAACCGCGCAGACCCGCAGUGCCUGGGUGUUGGGAUGGGCUCCACCUCGGCUCAAAGGACCCAUACUUCGACGUGCCUCAGGCCUCUUCUGGGCCCCGUUCAUGCCGAAGGUGCAUGAACGUGCUCUUUUUCUUGGCCACUUCAAUUCCUGCCGGUUUAGCAUUGAUUGGUGCCCUGGUGUGUACCUGGCAAAUCCGGUGGGCAUGGACUCUUUUGGGAGCAGUCAUUCUUGACACUUUUUGCCUGUGGCUGAAGAAACUCAUCCAACAGCCCCGCCCAGCCACCCCAGCGUUUGUCCUUGACAGCGAGGGUCUCUUCGGCAUGCCGUCAGAGCAUGCCGCCUUUGUGUUCUUUCUGACUGUACACCUGGGGCAUCGGAUAGAACAUGACUGGGGCUCAACUUCUCAGAAACUCCUGGAAUGGUUGUUCUUGCUGACUUGGGGAAGCACUUUGAUCUCUGUUCGAUAUGCGUUUGGAGCACAUUCUCUCCAACAGCUUGUGGCAGGUGCAGUGAUUGGUUCUUUGGCAGGAAUCACUUGGUCACGCUUAGAGGUGACGGUUCAAGAUCUUCUGCUGCGAGGCCAGAGGUUCACAGAUGCAUCUCGCAGGUGCGUGCGCCUUCUGUACGGCAUGGGUACACCACACAAUGAUUGA